UCCCCACCUGCACUCAAUGAAUUCUCACUCAUUUCACUUUUAUUUUUUUAGACUCUCCACUAGAAUUAUAAUGUUUUUAUGUAGUAUGGACUUAUUUAAAGGAGAUGCAAACAACUCUUAUUGUCUUUGCUACGGAGGUCGUGGAAGACACGGAUUAAGGUAGAAGUUUAGUAAGUAGCAGUGUGUUGUUUUGCUAUUCAUCCAUACUUAUUAGCUAUAAUAUUGCUCGUGUAGUCGCCUCUCCUUUAAUUUAUGUAUACCUCUGAGGUACAGGUAAAGUCUGCAUACACUCUACCCUCCCUAGGCCCAAAUCGUAUGUCGUUGUUGCAAACAGCUCCCAUUGAAAAGGACACCUUGCAUUAAUGUUCAUUUUAAAGACUCAUUUUUUUCAUUGGCAUGAUUCACUAAUAAUUUGUGGCAAGUGAAGUUUAAAAACAUAUAGUUGAGCUAAAAGAAGUCUUAUAGUGUGGUAAUAGGAAGGCUAAGAAAACAAAAAAAGAUGACAAACAGAAGAAGAAAUGUGCAACAUUUUGUUCAUGUAAUUCUUGUUAUUCUUCAUUGUUUCAAUGAAGGAUUUUGCAUAGAAGUAGAUAGUAUUAACAGCACUCAAUCUCUGAGUGAUCCCGGGAUUUUAUCGUCUCCGGGAGGGGUCUUCAAGUUGGGAUUUUUCAGUCCACUAAACAGUAGUAAUACGUAUGUUGGUAUUUGGUAUAAUUUUUCUGUUACAACUGUUAUUUGGGUGGCUAAUAGGGACAAACCUUUAAGAGAUUCUUCUGGGGUUGUGAAGAUAUCUCGUGAUGGAAAUGUCGUUAUGACGAAUGGAGAGGAGGAGGUAUUUAGGUCAUCAAAUGUUUCAACUUCUCAGGUAAACUCAAUUGGCCUUCUGCAAGAUUCUGGAAACUUUGUUCUCGUUGAUCAUCGGGACAAUAUGAGCACGAUAUGGCAGAGUUUUGAACAUCCUUCUGAUACAAUUGUCCCUAGAAUGAGAAUAAGUGAAAACGCAAGGACAAGGGAGAGGGUAGAAGCAAAAUCUUGGAGAAGCUCUCGCGAUCCUGAUAUUGGAGACUUCUCUUUAGGAAUAAGUAGUUCUGGAUUCAUUCCUCAGCUGUAUAUAUGGAAAAGACAGACGUCCCUAUUGGCGAAGUGGUCAAUGGAAUGGUCAGUUCUUUAUCGGAGUGCAGGAACUGUAUGCUAUGGCGUUUGAUGGAUUUAGUCUAGCGAAUGAACACCAAGGUUUCGUGUAUUUUACUGGUCCUGUUUCUUCUGAAUUCAUAACCAAAUUUGUCAUCGAUUGGAAAAGGAACAUGGUUUGGGAUGAAAAUGAGACAAACUGGAAGAUAACAUGGUUAGUUCCCAAAAACGAUUGUGAAGUUUAUGGAGCAUGUGGUCCAUUUGGAAGCUGCAAUUAUUUUGAGUCGCCGAUAUGUUCUUGUCUGAAAGGUUUCAAUCCAAAGCAUAAGGAAGAAUGGGAAAAGGGGAAUUGGACUAGUGGUUGUGUUAGGAGGAGGCCUUUGCUAUGUGAAGUAAAGAAUAACACAAGGGAUUCAAGUAAAGAAGACGGAUUUCGAAAGAUGAAGUUAACGAAAUUGCCUGAUUUUGCAGAAAGGUCAUAUACUAUAGAAGAAGAAUGUAGAAGCAAAUGCUUAAGCAAUUGUUCCUGCAUAGCAUAUGCAUUUGACACAGGUAUCGGCUGUAUGUUGUGGAGUAGCAACUUGAUUGAUAUUCAGCAACUCCAAAUCUGGGGCAAAGAUCUCUAUUUUCGCGUGGCAUAUUCAGAACUCGAUCAUUAUAAAGACAUAAAGAAAAUUGUAAUCGCAGUGAUCCUUGGUACGCUUACACUCUGUGUUUGUCUGUUGAUCUACUGUACAAGGGUGGCCAUACGUAGAGGAGUGAAGAAAAAAGAGGUAGUUUUACUUGGUAACAAAAGUCCACUUCAUAUGGAAGAAUUACAAGUCUUCAGCCUCGAUAUGCUUGCAAAUGCAAUAUCCCAAUUCCAUGAGGAUAAUAAGCUUGGUCAGGGCGGUUUUGGUCCAGUUUACAAGGCAUGGAUGUUAUGGAAAGAAGAAGAUUUAUCAGCUUUUAUCGAGCCGUUCAUAUUGAAUCCGAGCACGGAAAUGGAGGUGAGAAAAUGCAUACAGAUUGGUUUGCUGUGUGUUCAAGAAUUUGCUGAAGACAGGCCAAAUAUUUCAUCUGUUCUUGUGAUGCUUACUAGUGAAACUACAAGUCUUCCUUCACCAUUACAACCUGCUUUUACUGAAAGUAGAGAAACUAAGUGUACUUUGAACAAUAUCAGUAUCACAAACCUGACUGGUAGAUAA